AUGCUGACAGAGUGUCAAUCAAUCAUGUCCACCGCACUACCGCCUGUAAAUGACCAUCAUGUCAAUCGCCACGAGUUUGAAGGAUAUAUGAGUGACAGCAGGUUCCACGAUCCGUAUAGAAGAGACCCACAGCAGCACUACCAGGACCUUCCAGACAGGCUUGGACCACGCAGCCCAUCACAACCCAGGGCCAGGCAGCUAUCUUCCUAUAGUUCAACAGCCCCAUGGACCCUUCUGGAAGACCCCACCACCAGGCCACAGCAGGACGACUGUGAACGCAUGGGGACUUUGUUUGGUAUGCUCAACAAGUGCCUUCGUAGGAUGGGCUUCAGCCAGAUGUACUUUGGUGAGAAGAUUGUGGAGCCGGUAGUGAUCGUCUUCUUCUGGCUGCUGCUGUGGUUCCUUGGUCUCCAAGCACUAGGACUAGUUGGAACUCUCUGCAUUAUCAUAAUCUAUAUCCAAAAGUAAUGAAAAUAACUGCUUCUUAGGCUGGAUACCAUUUUAAGAGACAGUGGUUGGGAUUGUGGGAAAAUAGUACCUAGAAUUCCAGAAUUUAGCUUUUGUCAGCACCUGUCAGCGAUUGUUUAACAUUGUCACUUUUAUAUCUGUGGAUAUCUAUUGAAGUGUGCUGCCAUGGCCAGUAGGGGCCGAAGCGUGCUGUAGCGCCAUCGGAGUGACAAAAGGAAAAGCCAUUGCAUUACCUGAUUGCAUGUUAAAGGAUCAGUUAAAUCAAGGUUCAAAGAGUUCAGGAAGUCCAAUAUCUAAUCUUGUAAAUGAUAUAUCUCAGACAUUGUACUUAUUAGGCUUUGACUUUGACUUUGCACAGUAUAAAAAAACAAUCAAUGACACAUGGGUAAAUUGUGUAAAGAAAAAAAAAGAGUUAAAUAAAGAGGAAUACCAAAUUUA